AUGGCUGCACCCGGACAGCCUCUGCAUAUGCUGCGUGCUUUACUGCGCGAGGCCUCAUACCUGCCCGAUGCCACUGCCCGCACCUAUUUUGGCCGCUACAUUGUCUCCCGCUUCAAGGCCUACCAGCCCAGCCACAAGUCACUAGCCACAGGCCGAGCCACAGCCACAGCCACGGAUGCAGCCACACCUUCACCCAUACACACCCGCAUCCCGCGGUUGCUACGCAAGGCGCGCAAAGGGCUGGCUCUUCUCCGCCGUGCCAACCAGGGCGAUAUUGCCUGUCUGCAAAAGGUCCUUUUCCUUGCAUACGGCCGCGUGGGCAGGCGCAAGCACACGCUGUUGGCCCCCCUCCUCAGGCCCGAUGCCAUCAUGGACGGCGGCAAACUGCCGCUCCCUACCGCUGCUGCCGAGGUGCCCCCGGCCCCGCUCCACCAGCUCUACUACACUUCUGCGCGGUGCCUGGGCCUGUUCGCCGCCCCUGUGCCCGUCUCCAAGACACACUGCACCAUCGCCAUCUCGGGUCGCUUCUCGCGCCUGCGCGCCCUCAUCAGGUCGCAGCACCAGAAGGGCCUUUCCAUCCAACGCGAGCUCAAGGGCCACCACCUCAACACACCCAUACACAAUGUCUGGGGCCGCCCCAUGCCCAUCAGGAGGGCGCGUAACAACGUCCGACGAUGGUAUGCUGAGACCAUGACGAGGGUCCUCCCGCCCCUGCCCGCUCACGAGUGGGAUACGAUGCAUGCCAUGGUGCUCGGUCAUCAGCCCAUUGACUUGGUCAAGCCAAGGGCCAAAGCCUCCCUUGCCACUACUGCUGCUGGCCCUGAUGGCGUUGCUACACCAGAAACCCUCUUUGCCAGCACCCUGCAUGAAGCCAUGGCGUUGAGUAAACCUAAUAGAGCAGACAGGCCUGCAGGCAUGCACCGUCCCCACGCCAUCACCCCUAAGUUCAUGAGACGCCUGUACACCAAGAUCCUCACUCUCUGUUGCAAGCUCGAGUACCACGAAGAAACGAAGCGCUGGAAGGCCAUCUGGGGUGAGCCCAACAAGACGAUCAAGCCCAAGCUCUACGCCGCACCAACGGACUAUGACCUCUUUGCUGGUGUGGAUGCAAAAGGACACAUUCCACACACACCAAAGCAACACGUCUUGGACAAAUCUGCCCAUGUGCAGCCACGCAAUGCCGAUGGAGAAUAUGUGCGUUUUCCUUUUUUCGUCGAGUUCCUUCCAGAGGACAACCCUUUGCGCAAGGAGUUGGACGAGUGGAAGAGAAAGCGUGCGGCUGCGGCUCGUGCGCCCACGCGCCAACAAAAGCUGCCCUGA